CCAAACACCAUUUAUAAAUCAACAAUCUGUAAUGUUGGGUAGAAACAUUGCCAAGGCUUGCCGGGCCUCUUCCACCAGGAAGUUUGUUCAACAUAAACUGUUGUUCAGCACCAUCAACCGUCAAUACGCUACUGCUGAAAGUAAACCAGCUGAAUUUACCAAUGCAAUGGGUCAACCUCCACAAAGAUACUCUUCCGAACCAGGUAUGUUUGGAAAGACUACCUUCACUGAAGUUAUGGAUGAAGUUGAUAUGACAUGGAAGAAAGAUGAUGACCCAAAGCAUGUUGCUAAGCAAAACACAAAAAUUAGACAUUUCACCAUUAACUUUGGUCCUCAACAUCCAGCUGCUCACGGUGUGUUACGUUUAAUUCUUGAACUUCAUGGUGAAGAAAUUGUUAGAGCUGAUCCUCAUGUUGGUCUUCUUCACAGAGGUACUGAAAAGUUGAUUGAAUCAAAGACAUAUAUGCAAGCUCUUCCAUACUUUGACAGACUUGAUUAUGUUUCUAUGAUGACCAAUGAAUUAGUCUUUGCUCUUGCAGUUGAAAAAUUAUUGAAUGUCGAAGUUCCUCUUAGAGGUAAGUAUAUCAGAACUCUUUUCGGUGAAAUCACCAGAGUUCUUAAUCACUGUAUGUCUGUGUUAUCCCAUGCUAUGGAUGUCGGUGCAUUGACUCCUUUCCUUUGGGGUUUCGAAGAAAGAGAAAAGUUGAUGGAAUUCUAUGAAAGAGUUUCUGGUGCUAGAUUACAUAGUGCUUACGUUAGACCAGGUGGUGUUUCCCAAGAUUUACCAGUAGGUCUUUUGGAUGACAUUUAUAUGUGGGCCACCCAAUUCGGUGACAGAAUUGAUGAAACAGAAGAAUUGUUGACUGAUAACCGUAUCUGGCAAGCUAGAACCAAGGACGUUGGUGUUGUCACCGCCGAAGAUGCCUUGAACUAUUCCCUUUCCGGUGUCAUGUUGAGAGGUUCUGGUAUUCCUUAUGAUAUUAGAAAGGCUCAACCAUAUGAUGCUUAUGAAUUGGUUGAUUUCGAUAUUCCAGUUGGUUUCAACGGUGAUUGUUACGAUCGUUAUCUUAUAAGAAUGUCUGAAUUCAGACAAUCUUUAAGAAUCAUUGAACAAUGUAUUAACGAUAUGCCAUCUGGACCAGUUAAAGUAGAGGACUACAAGGUGGCACCACCACCAAGAUCAUUAAUGAAGGAAGAUAUGGAAGCAUUGAUCCACCACUUCUUGUUAUUCACAAAGGGUUACGCCGUUCCUCAAGGUGAAACUUACACUGCCAUUGAAGCUCCAAAGGGUGAAAUGGCUGUUUACGUUGUUUCAGACGGUUCUGAAAGACCAUACAGAUGUAAGAUUAGAGCCCCUGGUUUCGCUCAUUUGGGUGCAUUUGACCACAUUGCUAGAGGAAACUUGUUGGCAGAUGCUGUUGCCAUCAUUGGUACCAUGGAUUUGGUCUUCGGUGAAGUUGAUCGUUAAGAAGGAUGAAGUAGGGGAAGAAGAGGACUAAAUUCAUAAUUGCAUUUUGUUUCAUUCAAAAAGAUAUAGAAUAAACAGAUAACCGUAUAUUUAUGGGUCAUAUGAAUGACUUGCCAUUGAUAGUAUGAUUUUCAAAAUCCUUGUAUCAAAUACAAUAAAUUACAG